CGACUGGGAGAGCUGUGCGGCGUGCGCGAGCACGAGAUAUGGCUCGUGGACAGCAGAAGAUUCAGUCUCAGCAGAAAAAUGCCAAAAAGCAAGCUGGACAAAAGAAGAAACAAGGACAUGAUCAAAAGGCUGCUGCCAAAGCUGCCUUAAUAUAUACCUGCACUGUCUGUAGGACACAAAUGCCAGACCCUAAGACCUUCAAGCAGCACUUUGAGAGCAAGCAUCCUAAGACUCCACUUCCUCCAGAAUUAGCUGAUGUUCAGGCAUAAAGUUGUUUACAGGUGAAUUCGUGACACCUUUGACUCUUCUCCUGUCUCAGACCUUAGGUAACAAACCUGCAGCUGCUUUUCUAACAAACUGUUGAUCAGCAAAAAUAAAGGGGCUACAGAAACACUCAUUUUUAUGCUGUUCCCUUUUGGGCUUCAUGCAAAGACAAUUCUGUGUAAAUGUACAGUUGACUCUGAUUUGGAAAUCUGAAAAUCAGUC